UUGACACACUGCUCUCUCUCUCUCUCUCUCACACACACACACACACACUCAGAGGAAUGGAACCAAAAGAAAGGGAAUGGGACAAUGUACUUUUUUUAAAUGAUUGAAGUCAUUGGACUAAAUUAUACUGAAAAGAUCAGUUCAAUAUUUAUUCUAUCUCCGUCAUAGCCUCACUCGUUCAUCAUAGAUUCAGUUUCUGAGUAGUUGAAUAUGAAAUUCAGAUAUUUGUUAUCAAGUAUUCUUUCACUUGAUAUGGAAGAACAUGGCAUUGGUUGCAGGAAUGUUGAUGGACAUUGUUUCUCCUUUGUUUCCUUCAGCAUUUGUGUUCGUAGUCUGCUUAGGGAGCUUAUCAAGAUCAUUCACUGGUGUUGCAAGUGGAGCAACCAGAGCUGCUUUGACGCAACAUUUUGCUCUUCAGAAUAAUGCAGCAGAUAUAUCUGCAAAGGGUGUCACAGAAGAUAUCACAUCAUUUGUCUCUUCCGCAGCCCAUUCACUUGGACCACAAGAUCAAGCUUUCAGGGCUGGCAUUGCAUGCUAUGAUAUCUUGGUGGAUGUGCCCUUCCCUAUACAGAAGGAAUUCAAUGCUUUGCUGGCCAACACAGAGAAAACCAAAGAGAUUGAUGCUUGUGAUGAAGCAACUUGUACGGCCAUAAGGAAGAUCCAUGAGCAUCGCAACAGACGGGCAUUCUUUCUUGGAUUCAACCAAUCACCAGUGGAAUUUAUCAAUACUUUGAUUGAAUCUCAAGGCAGAGACUUGAAGCUUACAGCAGGGCAAGCAAGUCGUAGUGCUGAGAAAGAGCAUCGAUUAAAUUUCUACAGGCAACCAUGCCUCUCAAAAGGCACAUCGAACACGCUAAGGGACAUUGAAAUGGUGCAAGAGGAUAUAUGGCAGUAUAUGAGGACUUUUCCCUCAAUUCUAUUCCAAGCAGUCAUAAGGAAGGAGAAUCAAUUGGUUUACCUUAUAGCCUCCAUGACCAGGAAUGGUUCCAUCCCUACACAGUGUGCUGUUAACCCACCUGGUAGAGUCAUACUGCUGGUGAACAAGGAAGCUAGAGAAUGA